AUGACUCGACACGGUCCCAUGCCGGUUCACGACCGAGUCAACAAAACCGGACGAAGGAUAAGGGCGGAUAAGAGUUUGAGCAGCAAGGACAGAGAUCGUAUCGCUCUCAAUCUGCAGCGCCUGCAAAAGCCAGGGGCAACGAGGCUGAUAGAACAAAGGCGAAAAUACUGCGCGAAAGCAUGCAAUAUCUGCUCAAAAGCAAUUGUCGCCACAGCUUACUGGCUCUCCUGGCCCUUGGAGGCGAGCCUUACAAGCUGA